GUUAGAGGACAGUGAAACACUCCGCUGAGGUGAGGCACCCUGACUGAACUACAUCAUGUCAGGGCUAAAAUGCCGCAUCUCUCUGCCUGUGGCUGUGGGUGCUGUAUUGGUAGGUGUCCCAUACUCCAUCUCUCUAGCGGCUCAGUGGUUAUACGGCUGGCCCAACAAGCCUGGAUAUAAAAAGUAUAUAGAAGCUCUAAGACCAAGGCGGAUUUACUGCUUAACUAGAGCUGUGCUGGAAACACUCAAAUACCUGCAGUAUGGUAGACUUUACUUUCAGUGGAAGUCAUGGUACAAGAAUGUCGAAAACCGCAAGCAUUAUGAGAAGGGCAUCACAUUUGGUCGCCGAGGCAACAAGCUGGACCUGUACCACCCCCCCACGUUGGGUAAGUCCGAGGAUGUUCCAACACCGCUGGUGGUUUUCAUCUAUGGAGGUGCAUGGGGCUCAGGAGAUAGAUCCAUUUACUGCUUGCUGGCCAGACAGAUGGCUGAAGAACUAGGUGCAACUGUCAUAUGUCCUGACUACUGCACAUAUCCAGAGGGGAAUGUUUUAGGGAUGGUACAAGAUAUUGCUGACUGCUUGGUUUGGGCCCAAGAGAGUGGACAGAAGUUCAACUUUAACAAAGACAAUAUAGUAUUAAUUGGCCAUUCAGCUGGUGCACAUUUGUGUGCACUGACCACACUGUUUCUCAUUGACUCAAGAGAGGAGCUUUUCAUAGAGGCAAACAAGCUGCAAGACAUUACAUGUGCAAUAAGAGGAGUUAUUGGUCUUAGUGGCGUCUACAACAUCAUGGACCAUUAUGAGCACGAGCAGAAGCGAGCGGUCGAAUAUGUUUCCACCAUGCACAAAGCCAUGAAUGGAGUGUGUAACUUCCCGUACUACUCACCCACACACUUACUGGAGAAGCUUAGCCCGGACAAACUGAGCAGAGUGCCUCCGUUCGCUUUGCUCCAUGGAACCAGUGACAUUAUCGUACCUGUUGAAUCUUCCACAAAGUUCUCUGAGCUCCUCACCUCGGUGUCUGUGAAGGUGUCGCUCUACCUGUUGCCUAAAGUCGACCACACUGAGAUUGUCACUGACCUCAUGGCGACAGAAAGACGUUUCUACCAUGCCAUCUACACCUGCAUCAAACAGGAGUACAGUAAUCUUCUGGGAACCUGCUGACGUCCCAUCAUAUCGUCCAUUUAUCACUUAUAUUUACUGUUUGUGCCAUACACUUGAUUUGUUUACAGUAACUGCUAUAAUACCUCAAAGUUAAUUAUAUUUAACCUUGAUUUCAACUUGAUUCUCCUAAAUUGUAAUUCCAUAAUAAUGAUUUGACCAUCUAUGUGUGUGUAAUUGAGUAAAUUCAUGAGUUGCAUUUGUUCAAUUUCCAAUCAUUUAUAAUGUAUGGUCUGAAAAAAAGAUAGUUUUUUUUUCUUAAUGAACGGUAAUGUGAACAACGUCAUACUUUUAUACAUGAAAGGUAUAAUGAAGUAAAAACUUUGUAAUGAAUAUGUACAGUAUUAA